AUGAAGCGCAUUCCUGUCCGUCGCACACAACCUCGAUGGCGUACGAGCCCAGCACGACCAUUCACCUCCUUGCAAACACUUGAGGCGCUUCGCAGUACCGGAGCACCCGUAGACGUCCACCCCGAGGUCCAGGAUGCGCUCGCAGGCAAGAAGCCAGUUGUAGCAUUAGAGACGACUAUCAUCACCCAUGGAAUGCCGCAGCCUGUCAACUUGCAGACGGCGCGGUCGGUGGAGAGCAUUGUGCGGACUACAGGUGCGAUUCCGGCGACCAUAGGCAUCAUCGAGGGACGGGUCAAGAUUGGGCUUGAGCCGAGCGAGCUGGAGCAUCUGGCGGAUGUGAAGAGUAACCCGUCUGUGGUCAAGGUAUCGAGACGCGAUAUUGGGCCUGCUAUUGCAACGAAGAGAGAUGGUGGAACGACAUGCAGCGCGACUUUGAUAUUCGCGGCAUUAGCUGGUAUUAAGGUCUUCGCAACGGGAGGUCUAGGAGGGGUUCAUCGUGGAGGCGAAUCAUCCAUGGAUGUAUCUGCGGAUCUACAUGAACUUACAAGGUGUCCCGUUGGAUUGGUCUCCGCGGGCGUGAAGUCGAUCUUGGAUAUAGGACGAACACUAGAAUAUCUUGAAACACUGGGGGUACCUGUCGUAUCGUACGCGAAGACAGACGAUUUCCCAGCGUUCUAUAGUAGACGCAGUGGUUUCAAGAGUCCCUGGCGAGUAGAUGAUCCUACUACCGCAGCCCGCGUCCUCUAUACCCAGGAUCAGCUCGGAAUGAAGACUGGAGUACUCUUCGGUGUUCCCAUUCCUGAACAGUACCAGGCGAUCGGCGAGAAGCUCCAAGAGUCCGUGGAACAAGCCGUAAGGGAGUCUGAAGGAAACGGCGUCAGCAAGCUCGGGAAGGAAGCGACGCCCUGGCUUCUCAAACGCGUCGGCGAACUCACGGCAGGGAAAUCCCUCACCAGCAAUGUGGCGCUCAUUGAGAACACUGCACUCGUCGGUGGCCAGAUUGCAGUCGCCUAUGCAGAGCUGGCAAACCAGAAGCUCCAUGAUUCUGGGAAGGCAUAUGCUGUCCCUGCGCCGCAAGCUGCAGCGUUAGCAGCCGCAAAACCCACAGACUUGCCGAACAGUAGCCAAGCGCCCGAGGCCGCACUGGUCGUCUUCGGCUGCGCUGCUGUCGACAUCACCGCCCAAGCCGACCCAUCGCUCGCGAACACCUCCGUCGCCGUCCACAGCACCGUCCCCGGAAGCGUCUCGCUAACGCUAGGCGGCGUGGGGCGCAACCUCGCCGAAGCCGCACACCGCGUACUGGAGUCGCAGUCUCCCGAUGGAGCAAAGGACGUCGUCCUGGUCUCCGCUGUUGGAAAUGACGCCUUCGGACGUUUGCUUGUCAAUGAGACGGAAGGCAUGGGGAUGCGGACGGAUGGGCUGAUCACGUUAGACGGCGCACGUUCUGCUAUCUGUAACAUGGUGUUGGACAGCACUGGUGGGUUGACUACGGGUGUUGCCGACACAGAUAUCACGCUGUCGUUGGAUCGAGAAGCGACUCGCGAAGCAGUCCGCAAACAUAGGCCUCGUAUUGUCGCGAUCGAUGGCAACCUUUCACCAGAGACAGUCACGACGCUGGUGGAUACAUGUCGUCAAGACGGCAUAGCAACCUUCUAUGAACCGACAUCGGUCCCGAAGUCAACCAACAUAUUCCCGGCCAUUGCAGCAUCCCUUGGUCGCGUCGACUCAACGUCUUCGGUGAUUUCGUACGCAGCACCCAACAGCCUAGAGCUAGCUCGCAUGUACGAAGAGGCCGUCGCUGGGAAGCUCGAGCUCACCGCGCAGAGCCACUGGUGGAAGGUGGUCGACGACAUGGCGAUCGGCUCCGAGUUCCGCAUGGACCUGCAGCACCUGGCACGGCUGGAUGCAUGCAUUCACGACCGUGCUAAGGGUACACUAUCGUUCCUAGUCGACAAGGGCAUCGCCCAGAUGGCCAUCCAUCUCCUUCCCUUCUUCCAGCACCUCAUCAUCAAGUGCGGCGACCGCGGUGUACUGACGGUCUUCCGUAUCACCGGAGAGCAAGCGCAGUCGUCGCCGUGGAUGCAAGAGCGCACCAAUGUGCACAAACGUUGUGUCAUUAGCAAGGGCAGGGAGGGAUCAGGGGUCACUGUGAUGAAGCAUUAUCCCGCGCUGAUCGUGCCCAGCGAGAAGAUCAUCAACGUGACGGGAGCGGGCGAUUCGUUUGUGGGGACGAUGUUGGCGACAUUAGUGCACAAGCCAUCUGUCUUCCACCAUCCAGAUUCAUUAGACGAGUUGGUCGCACAAGCACAGAAAGCCGCGGUACUCACGUUGCAGAGCCAACAUGCGGUCUCGCAUCUCCUUUCCAAACUGUACAGUACACAUCUCCCUGCGCUUAUGUAG